UUUACCUUGCUGUGUACAUCAUAGGGUACGGAUACUUUGUAGUCUCACUCACAUGCAGCCGACCUGCCCUACAAGGACGGGGUCUAGUGUACAAGUCCAUGGUAGGAACGGGCCUGGACUGGCUGUGCCUGUCGUCGGCAUCUCGCCCACCCUCAUGCUCAUGACUCUAUUGCCCCUCGCCUGGCAAGCACCUUACUUCUUUCCCACCAAGCGGAACAACGGACGACGCUGGAAACUAUCAAAAGGGCACCCGCGCCUACUUUGGUGCGACCCAGGAUUCCACGUUCUCUCAACUCUCGUCUCUUGUCUGCAUUGCAUUGCUUCGCUCUGCAUCUCGCAUGCUUCUUUUUUGACACAACACCUCAACUGUCCCACUACCAUCAGCAGACUCACCUUCGGUGUGUCGCAUACACCGCCCACACCGAGAUCACUUCAUUGUCUUGGCAAAGGACGGACUCGCUUUCGGAUCAUUCGAAAUAAACAUCGCAAUCUCCAGUAAACGAGCUGCCGACCUAUUUUGAGGCUCCCGCUAGACCACUUGCUCAUCUCUAUCCCUACCUUGACUCCGUCUUCGCGACUUCGCCUGUGCACCGGGUAACCCGAUUACCUCACCGUAAGGAUACACACACCCGUUCACCGGUAUCGUCGCAUCGACGUCAGUAGCCAUGGACGGAUCCGACAAGCAGUGGGCUAAAGCAUACUUGCUCGACCCUCUUACUGCUCCCGAACCAAGCCAAGAAACAGGUCCCGGAAGCUCUUUCAUAAACCCCGAUCCACUGCUUCGAACUUUCUCGCAGAAGAAGAAAGGCAAAGAACCAGUUCAGAAUAGCGACAAGAGCCAGACCAGCCAUAAAGCUCAUAGCCGUACCUCAUCGUAUCCCACUCCGCCUGCAUCCGCAAGCCCAACUCGAUCCAGCUUUCACUCAUCCAACCCGUUUUCACCGACUUAUCAGCGCGCUUCAGUGUCCGUGUCUAGAGGACCUGCUUCUCCAACAUCGCCUUCUUCACCGGGCCAUCCCUUAGGCCGCAGUACCAGCGUUCGAAGCAACGGUCUCCGAAGCCCGUCUUCGCCGAGCAACCGCUUUCCACCAAGCACAAGUGUCACUCGAAGCAUCAGCGCACGCACUCGCUCUAACGCUGAGGCAAACGGCACCCAAGCCGAUUCUUCAGUUCAGCGCAGCAAGAGCGUGAACUCACACCAAGGCUCCAGCGGUCUUAGACGUUCCGGUUCCAUCAACCAGAGAUUUCCCGGCGAUAUGUCUCAUCGACCUCUAGACAUGAUCAAGCGCGAGCAGCGCGCCGCGGACCGCGCGCCUCACCUUAGAACGCGCAAAUAUGGCCCCGUGACGGACACCAUUGACUCGCUCGACAGUAUCGGCGGCGUCUACCAUCACGGCGGUCCCUAUGAUGCCACUUUGGCAUCCCGCAACCGCAACAAGAAGUAUGCGCCUGUUGAGGCUGUGAGGGAGUCCAACAUGGAGGCCUUGAGGGCUACGCCUCGCGAAUACAUUCAGGAUUCCCUGGACAAGCAUGUGCCGUUGCAAGGUACCGGCCUUAUUCCCGCCGGUGGCACUGACAUGAGCGGCAAUGUUAUGAACUAUGAGGAAGGAGCCGAUCUCAUGCGUGAGCCCAAUAACCAAGGCGGCGCUUACAAGAGAUGGGAUGGAAUCCAAUAUCACCCUGAUGAUUUGAAGGGAAAGGGAGAGCCUUCCUACACCUACGAGAGAGACCUUAAGGAGAAGAAGCGCAUGCGUAAGGCUUCUCUCGGCAACAGCCCCGCAGAAUACGAGAUGCGCUCCGGCAUCAACGCUCAGUCACGUAAGGAUAACGGGGCAAUGGUACGUCAGCGCAGUGUCAGCAAUGCUGCAGACGGAAGACCCGGCCCCUCCGAAUUGCCUAAGGGACAUUCCAACAGCGCCGACGUCCAUCGCCACAACAGCACCGGCAAGCAUUUCGGCGACAGCCUGAAGCGUCGUUUCGGCAGCAUACGUCGCAAGAACCACGCUGCGGCGUAGAUGUCUUUUGCGAAGACGGUUCGAUUGUUUUCUAUAUGGCGUUGAGACUUAAUGAUUUAACAAACGCCGCCUUUCACCAGCAUUUCAAUUAGUGUCGCUUAUUGCGGCAAGUGUACGAUUUAGAGGUCCGGUACCCGAAGGAGGAUGCCUCGUGGCGGGAAAAUUGUUAGAGCGAAGACAGAGUGCGCAGUGUGCAUUUGUCUGUCAAUGAGCAAAGGCGUUGAUGGAGACGAGCUGGCGUCAACAUUAUGCCAAACAGCAAGAGCCUGCAAAUUAUAUACCGCAUCACCAAAAGAAACGGGAAUUUUCUUAGUUUAAGUAAAUAGUAUACCCAUCAGUAUGAAUAUUUUCUACAUCUUCU